AUGCGUGCGCGCGCAUGCGCGCGCGCGCGCGUGCGUGGCAGUGCGGCGUGCGUGCGUGCAAGCGCGCGCGCGCGUGCGCGCGCGCGCGCGUGCGCGCGGCGCGCGGGCGCGUGCGGCGCGCGCUGCGCGUGCGCGCGGCAAGUGGUGCAUGCGGUGCGCGCGUGCGUCGUCGUGCGCGCGCGCGUGCGUGCGUGCGUGCGUGCGUGGUGCGGUGCGUCGCGCGGGCGGCGCGCCGCGCGCGCGCCGCGCGCAAGGCGCCGCGCGCGGCGCGGCGCGCGCGGCGCGCGCGCGCAGCGGCGGCGCGCGCGCGCGGCCGGCGCAAGCGACAAGGCAAGGGCGGCCGGCGGGCGCACGGCGCGCGGCGCGCGCGCGGCGCGCGCGUGCGCGCGCGCGCGCGCGCGCGCGCGCGCGCGCGCGCGCGCGCGCGGCGCGCGCGCGCGCGCGCGCGCGCGCGCGCGCGCGCGCGCGCGUCGCGCGCGCGCGCGGCAGGCGCGCGCGCGGCGGCGCUGCGCGCGCCGCGCGCGCGCGCGCGCGGCGCGCGCGCGCGCGCGCGCGGCGGCGCGCGCGCGGGCGCGGCAGCGCGCGCGCCGGCGGCGUGCGCGCGCGCGCAAGGCGCGCGCGCGCGGCGUGCCGCCGCGCGCGCGCAAGGCAGGCGCGCGCGCGGCGCGCGCGCGCGCGGCGCGCGCGAAGGCGCGCGCGCGCGUGCGCUGCGCGCGGCAGCGCGCGGCGCGGCAAGGCAGCAAGGCAUGCGCAAGGCAAGGCGAGCAAGGCAAGGCAGUGCGGCGCGAGCGCCGGCAAGGGCGUACGGCGGCGGGCAUGCAGGCAGCAAGCAAGGGGCAAGAGCAGCAAGCGGCAGCAGGAAGGCGGCGGCAAGGCAAGGCAAGAGCGGCGGCGCGCGGCGGCGAGCCCUGGUGGGGUGCCGGUUGGGUGGGGGGUGGAACUGGAAUUAGAGCAUAUGAGGAGUAUAUUGGAAGAGGCGAUUGUGGAAACGCGCAGUACGCCUCUCGAAAAUCGACCGCGACUUCCCCGCAUAGCCCUAAGCAAGCGGAAUCGGGCUGUCGUGAGGGCUCUGAACCCAAUGCUGGUUACCUAUUUGGAAGCCAGCCGGGACCUUUGCGAGACGGACUCAAUUCUUUUGGCGCCGCGCUGGCAGUCUGCCGUAUCAUAGGCGCCAAGGUUUCCACGGCUGGACGCGCUACUGGCCAUAGUAGCGCUAUCCCAGCAUGGAGAAGAAGAAUUGAGGAACGUAUCGCAAAGGCUAGAGCUCUCAUCGGCAGACUGAUAUGCUUCAGAUCAGGCAACAACAGGCCAAGAAUUGUGCGCACCGUCAGGAUGGCGUUUGCUGGGACAAAUGUCAGUUUGUCCCAGCCGGAUAUAACGCAAAAACUGACGGAGCGCAUAGAUGAUCUGAAGCAGAGAAUCGCUGCUUGGGGAAAGCGGAUUCGGCGAUAUACCGAGAGGUCGACACGGUUCAACCAGAAUCGUCUCUUCCAGAGUGAUCAGAAGAGGCUCUAUGAAUCAUUGGAGCGACCAAUGGUAAGUGGAACGGGUCCAGCACCGGAUCAGGCCGACACUGUAGCAUUCUGGCGCGGCCUGUGGUCAGAGCCCGUAAACCACAGCGAGGGCCCUUGGACGGAAGUUGUGGCGAGUCAGUGUGCGGGUAUUACGCCCAUGGACCCCGUCAUCAUAACGCCGGAUGACGUAGCUGAGGCGGUUCGUAGGGCCCCGAACUGGAAAAGUCCGGGGCUUGACGGGCUGCAUCACUACUGGCUGAAGGGGUUCAUGGUGUGUCACUCUGUGCUCGCCCGACAGUUUCAAGAGGCUCUCAACCAGAAGUCGCUCCCAAGCCUCUUCACUACUGGGAUCACUCAUUUAGUUCCUAAAGACCAGGGUACCACAGACCCGAGCAAAUACCGCCCCAUCACUAUGUCCGGAGUAAAGCAAGUUAGAAAUAAAAAUUUACUGCCCGAUUUGAGGAAAGAAGGACGUUUCUCUAAAGAAAUAGUGUUGUCGACGACAGAAAAGCACGGAGUACCAACAGGCUCUAGGCUCUUUUCACAUCACACAUUAGCUAGUGUUAGAAAAUUGAGCUUUUAUCAUCCGUUAUACAUUCCAGACGAUAGUUUAGACAUAGUGUUGGCUGCGACGUAUAACCAUUCUACGGAACAUUUCGCUGACAAAGAGGAUUUGUAUCUGCAGCGCGAAACACUCGGUUGCGACACUUGGAGACGACUCAGGAACACGUUCGACAAGCAACCGCCUGUCGUUAUACCAUUAGGUCAUCCUAUGAAACGUGGUGGUAUCACAGAGAGGAAGUCUCCAUUCAGUGUUAAGCUGAUGAACUCCGGGGUUCAUUCCUCGCAGACAAACCCUGGUUAUAGUAGACAACCGGCUGGAGGAGCUAUUUUCUUCUAUUAA